AUGUUCGGGGCGCAUAUAGCCCAGUGUUCGCGCGCAGUCGCGUCGACGAGCUCAGCACGCGCCGCCUCCUUGCACACCUCCGCCGUCCUACAAGCCCAGCUUACCCUCCGUGCUUCGGCCCGCGCCCGUAAGAUACAACGCACACUCAAGGCUUCCCUCGAGCGCCGCGCCGAGCUCGAGGCCGAGGCUCGCGCGAAUCGACCCCAUGUCAUCCUCGGGCACAAGGCCGGCGACGAGGCCAAGUGGAAGAACAGCGACCUCGCCCGCAUCCUCGUGACCGCGGAGGACAUCGCCAACAGCCCCCCGCCGUCGAUCGACCCGAAGACGGGCAAGGUUGUGCUGCCGAAGUACAUGAGCUACGGCCUCACGGAGAAGGAGACGGAGGCGUUCUUCGAGGUGCUCCCGCACCUGACGGUGCAGGGACAGGUGCAGAACCAGACCAAGGGCGACAAUACGGAGGCGCGGACACUGGUCAGCGCGGAGGUGAAUGCCUCGAGGGAGGUCCCGGGGAACAACUUGAUGUUUGCGCGGUUGGUCGACUUGCGGAACGCGGACGCUGGAGGAAUCGCGUUCGAGAACCGCAGGCGCAUCGUGGCUGAGUUCUCGGAGCCAGAGAAGCCCAAUGAUACUGGGCGACCAGAGGUGCAAGCUGCCAUUAUGACGAUGGAGAUCCACAACAUGUGGAACCACCUCAUUACGUUCAAGAAGGACAUCGCGAGUCGUCGGCAUCUUCGCCAAAUCGUUCACAAAAGAGCAAAGGUCCUUCGAUACCUCAAGCGGGUUGAUGAGGAUCGGUAUGACCGAGUCUUGGAGAGGAUGGGCGUCGAGCGUGGUGCAGUUGAGGGCGAGCUCGUGGUAUAA